GCUGCUGCUGCUGCCACCGCCACCUCUAGACUAGUGCCGCGAGGAUACUUGUGUCCUUGCUCUCUUCCUCGGGCUCCCCGGGGCUCGACCCCCGGGGUCCUCUGCAGGCGUCGGUGAGAAGCCUGCAAAGUGAACUUGAACUCCUGCAGUUGCCCUUCCCGACCCCAUAUCGCGACUCCGAGGAGGGGAGCAGGAGGGGUGGUCGCGACUCUGCGCCGUGUGUCUCCGGGGGGCCCCGGGGCCGGGGCUCCUCCAGUACCCGGGAUGCGCGCGCGAGCCCUCGCCUCCACUUCCUUGUUGCCGCUGUCACGACUGGAGCCGCCUCUCUCCGACAGCGGGGAGCGCGAGUGCGCGGGCAAGCCUCCUAGUCUAGCCCUUGGGCCAGGCGCCUCCCGGAAUGUGAGCCGCGCGGCUAGCACGCUCCUCCUGCCAUGGAUGCAUCAUAUGAUGGUACUGAGGUAACUGUCGUGAUGGAGGAAAUUGAGGAAGCCUUCUGUUAUACCUCCUCUGGGCCACCUAAGAAGAAGAAAAAGUAUAAAAUACAUGGAGAAAAGGCCAAGAAACCCAGGUCUGCUUACCUUCUGUACUACUAUGACAUCUACCUGAAAGUGCAACAAGAGCUCCCCCACCUCCCACAGUCUGAAAUCAAUAAGAAGAUUAGUGAGAGUUGGAGACUUCUCAGCGUGGCCGAGAGGAGUUACUACUUGGAGAAAGCCAAACUAGAGAAAGAAGGUUUGGAUCCUAACUCUAAACUGUCUGCACUGACUGCUGUGGUUCCGGACAUUCCAGGUUUCCGCAAGAUCCUCCCCCGCUCAGAUUACAUCAUUAUCCCCAAGAGCAGCCUACAGGAGGACCGGAGCUGCCCUCAGUUAGAGCUGUGUGUGGCUCAGAACCAGAUCUCCCCUAAAGGACCUCCUCUUGUGUCCAGCACUGCCCCAGAGACAGUGUCCAGCCAUGCUGGCAUGGCAGAGCAAUGCCUGGCUGUGGAGGCCUUGGCUGAGGAGGUGGGAACCCUUGCUCAUCCAGGUGCUGUACAAGAGAUUGCCACCUCAGAGAUGCUCGGCCAGGAUGUGCUUUUGGAGGAGGCUUCCUUGGAGGUAGGAGAGAGCCACCAGCCUUAUCAGACAAGCCUGGUAAUUGAAGAGACCUUAGUGAAUGGCUCAUCAGACCUCCCCACUGGAAGCCUGGCUGUGUCCCACCCCCAGGUUGGGGAGAGUGUAUCAGUGGUGACAGUCAUGAGGGACUCCUGUGAGAGUAGCUCCUCUGCACCAGCCACACAGUACAUCAUGUUGCCUCUGCCUGCCUACUCAGUUGUGGAGAACCCCACCUCCAUCAAACUGACCACUACAUACACUCGCCGGGGCCAUGGGACGUGCACCAGCCCAGGUUGCUCCUUCACAUAUGUCACUAGGCACAAACCACCUAAGUGCCCUACCUGUGGUAACUUCCUAGGAGGGAAGUGGAUCCCAAAGGAAAAGCCAGCCAAAGUCAAAGUAGAAUUGGCUUCAGGUGUCUCUUCCAGAAGUUCUAUUGUUAAAAGAAAUCAGCAGCCUGUCACCACUGAGCAAAACUCCUCUAAAGAAAAUGCCUCCAAACUGACUCUGGAAAACUCAGAAGCUGUAAGCCAGCUCUUAAAUGUAGCUCCUCCAAGAGAAGUGGGUGAGGAGAAUGAGUGGGAGGAAGUGAUCAUCUCCGAUGCCCAUGUUUGGGUCAAGGAAGCUCCUGAGAGUCGUGGUACAACAGUCAGUAAGAUGCCAGUUGUCAAGAGUGGUGUGCAGCCCGAAGUCAUUUUGGGGACAACUGAGAAUGAUAUUCCUGGACCAGACAUACCACCACCAGCUGAAGGGACCAGCACCUCUAGUCCGCUCUUUGCUCCUAAGAAAUCUGCAGGAUUUGACCUGCUCACCACUGGACCCAGAGCCCCAGAGCUUAAAGGCAGAGCACGGGGAAAGCCCUCAUUACUGGCUGCAGCCAGACCCAUGAGAGCAAUUCUGCCAGCCCCAGCUAAUAUAGGGCGAGGCAGCAGCAUAGGACUGCCCAGGGCCAGGCAGGCCUUUCCCCUGAGUGAUAAGACUCCUUCUGUGAGGACUUGUGGCCUGAAGCCAAGCACACUGAAGCAGCUGGGCCAGCCCAUCCAGCAGCCAUCUAGCACCGGUGAAGUAAAGAUACCAGGUGGCCCGAACAACAGGACUUCUCAGGUGAAAGUUGUAGAGGUCAAGCCUGACAUGUUUCCUCCGUAUAAGUACAGCUGCACUGUCACACUGGAUUUGGGCCUGGCUACAUCAAGAGGCCGGGGAAAGUGCAAGAAUCCCUCUUGUAGCUAUGUCUACACCAACCGGCACAAACCUAGGAUUUGUCCCAGCUGUGGUUUUAACCUUACCAAAGACCGGACUGAGAAAACUACCAAGGCCAUUGAGGCAAGUUCAUCACUUUCAGAUGGGCUGAGUGCCACAGAGCCCCUGAGUGCAGCCCAGAGGGAGAUCCAGCGCCAGUCCACACUGCAGCUACUGCGAAAAGUCCUGCAGAUUCCUGAGAAUGAGUCAGAGCUGGCUGAGGUCUUUGCCUUGAUUCAUGAACUCAAUAGCUCUCGACUUAUCUUGUCCAACGUGAGUGAGGAGACAGUCACCAUUGAGCAGACCUCUUGGUCAAAUUAUUAUGAGUCUCCAUCCACGCAGUGCCUUCUCUGUAGCAGCCCGUUAUUCAAAGGGGAACAGAAUUCCCUGGCUGGGCCCCAAGAGUGCUGGCUGCUGACAGCUAGCCGACUGCAGAUGGUGACCGCCCAGGUGAAGAUGUGUCUGAACCCUCAUUGUCUGGCUCUGCACAGCUUCAUGGACAUCUACACAGGUCUCUUUAAUGUGGGAAACAAGCUGCUAGUAAGCUUGGAUUUACUUUUUGCAAUCCGAAACCAGAUCAAGCUGGGAGAGGACCCCAGAGUGUCUGUCAGUGUUGUGCUGAAGUCAGUGCAGGAACAGACAGAGAAGACUCUGACCUCAGAGGAGAUGAGCCAGCUGCAGGAGUUGCUGUGCAAUGGUUAUUGGGCUUUCGAGUGCCUCACUGUGCGAGACUACAAUGAUAUGAUCUGUGGUAUCUGUGGCGUGGCCCCCAAAGUGGAAAUGGCUCAGAGGAGUGAAGAGAAUGUGCUGGCCCUGAAGAGUGUGGAGUUCACCUGGCCUGAAUUCUUGGCCUCCAGUGAGGUGAAUGUGGAGGACUUCUGGGCCACGAUGGAGACAGAGGUGAUUGAGCAGGUGGCGUUCCCUGCCAGCAUCCCUAUCACCAAGUUCGAUGCCUCUGUUAUUGCCCCUUUCUUCCCACCACUCAUGAGAGGAGCUGUGGUCGUCAACACUGAGAAAGACAAAAGCCUGGAUGUGCAGCCAGUACCUGGCAAUGGCAGUGCCUUGGUGAGGUUGCUCCAGGAGGGCACCUGCAAGAUUGAGGAGAUUGGCUCCUACAGUGAGGAGGAGCUGCGGCACCUGCUGGGGCAAUGUGGCAUCCCCUUCGGAGCAGAAGACAACAGAGACCAACUCUGCUUCUCCUUAUUGGCCCUCUAUGAAUCUGUACAGAAUGGAGCCAGAGCUAGACAGCCCCCACCUCAUCUCACUGGGGGUAAGAUCUAUAAAGUGUGCCCCCAUCAGGUGGUCUGUGGCUCCAAGUAUCUUGUUCGAGGUGAGAGUGCUCGUGACCACGUGGAUCUGCUUGCCUCUUCCCGACACUGGCCACCUAUCUAUGUGGUAGAUAUGGCCACACCAGUGGCCCUGUGUGCUGACAUCUGCUACCCAGAGCUGACCAGCCAGAUGUGGGGGAAGAACCAGGGCUGUUUCUCUAGCCCCACAGAGCCGCCUGUGAGUGUGUCCUGCCCUGAGCUCUUGGACCAGCAUUAUUCUGUGGAUAUGACAGAGGCUGAGCACUCCGUCCAGCACCCAGUGACUAAGACUGCCACGCGGCGCAUCGUCCAUGCAGGCACACAGUCCAGUCCUGGUGACCCCAGCUCUGGGCACCACUCCUUGUCCCUGUGCCCUGAGUUGGCACCCUACGCAAACGUCCUGGCCUCCAUCGUGAACAGCAAACCAAACAAUGUCCGCCAGCGGCCCAUUGCCUUUGACAAUGCCACCCACUAUUACCUCUACAACCGCCUCAUGGACUUCCUCACCAGCCGUGACAUUGUCAACCGGCAGAUCCAUGACAUUGUGCAGAACUGCCAGCCUGGCGAGGUGGUCAUUCGAGACACCCUCUACCGCCUUGGGGUUGCUCAGAUCAAGACAGAGACAGAGGAGGAGGGUGAGGAAGAAGAGGUGGCCGCAGUGGCAGAAUAAGCCAGGCUGCUGUACAGGGAUUGCACCAUCUCUCUCAAGCCAUAGUACGGCCCUUGCCCAAUGCAGAUCUCUCCAGGGGACUUGUAGAAGCAGUCACCUGUGGGAAGGGCCUCUGACUGCUGGGACUGACCAAAGAGCUUCCAUCUCCUGAGCAUGGUGGGGCCCAGGGUUCUUGCUUCUUAAUCCUUUGGGGCUGAGGAGAGUUGCCAAGAAACCUCUCAUUGGCCCUGAGAGAGCUUGGGGGACAUGGUGUGUUUAAGCUGAAGGAGUGGGGCUGAGGAAUAGGCACACAGUGGCUUCUUGGCUUGCUGCUGGUUGGGAUAGAAGCCUGGGUGGGCUGAGGCAGGAGCCCUUGCACUAGGUGGGGCAGCUGCUGAGGUAUCUCCCCUACCCCCAUCUCCCCUGGGAUGAGCCCUGGUUCCAGCCCUCUGGCCACAUGAGCUCCUUAGUUUAUUGCCUUGACUAGGGGCCUUGGUGCCCUCAUUCACACUAGGGUUCUUGAUUCUCCCCAAAGGAGGGAUGCAUUUUUCUCUGACUCUUCCUGUACCCACCUCUGGGGGAAGCUGGGGAGGGAGGGACAGUCAGCCACAGCUCUCUUCCAGGAUUGUUCUCUGCCCUGAGUUUUGGGGAACAGAGUCCCCUUCCUGCUUUCCCUGGCCACUGCUGCUGCACCCUACAUCCUCUCUGGGCCCUGGAACCCACACCACAGAGGGGAUGUGGCCCAUGGUUGUGACAUAACCUGGCAGCAGUAGGAAAACUCCCUUCUGUGAAGGGGAAGCAGACUGGGCCAUAUGGAAACAGCGGGACUGGCUCAAGUGCCCACAGUUUGCUUAGGGCCCGAGAAUUGGCCAAGUACUUAAUUUAUUGAGAGGAGUGGAGUAGGUGGCUUUCCCCCCCCUCUCUUCCCCAAAAAGAAUAAAGUUUAUUAAAUUA